AGAUGUAGGCCACACAAUGAUUUGAUGAAAAGGUUCACAAGCUUCUCUGAAUCAAUUGCUCUUUGCUCCUGCAGUGGAACCGUUGAGCUGGUCCAGAGAAAAUGAAGGUUGUGAUGUGAUCAGGAGCUGUGAAGUAUCACACCUUCCAGAUUCAGCUACACUGGACUGGGAAAGGGACAAAGAACCUACUGCUAACACAACGCUGUUCUACAACAACACUGCCCACAUCAUCAUCCACAGUGCUGACCAAUACAGUGAGGGAUCAUAUUACUGCACACUCAGAUGGAACGGAGCACUUAUUUUCAGCAUUCCCAGUACAUUUGAAGUCAACAAGGGUACACGUGGCACAGAGCACACUCUGUACAGAGGGAGUUUGAACAGCAGUGAGGUGAUGCUAAUCUGCCGUUCUCCAGCCUCAUACAGAACAGCAUAUUGGCAAUGGGAGCCAUCGUCUGGGACAAAUGCAAUCCGUGUGGCCUCAGCUAAUAAAUAUGAGAAUGCUUCGAUUUCCAUGGAGGUCGAUAAAGAGAGAUUCUCAUCUGAGGGCUUUGAUGGGCCUAAUUUUCCUCUGAGAAUCUCACCGGUGAAGUUUGGAGACAGUGGAAGGUACUUCUGUUACUCUAAACACUCCCUGAUGGCCACAGUCACUCUGGUAACUGUUCAGGUCUCAGCAGUGCCCCUUGGUGGUCUGUCCAGGAGUGAGUCAGUUGUGCUGAACUGUGAGAUAUCACAGGUGAUCGGCUCUGUGACCCUGGCCUGGCUCCGGAUGAAGGGGGGCAGGGGGGAGCUCGUAAAACAGGAGGUCCUGAGUGAGGGGCACCCGAAAAAGAUGCUCAGUCUCACCCUGCCCACUCUGAGCAGAGACCAGCUGCACUGGGCCUGUGCAGUGUUCACAGGGAGCAUGCUCAGAGCACAGGUCCCCCUCACACUGCCAAAGCCAGAUAAUGGAUGGAUGCUGGUGAUUGUUUUGGCCUGUACUGCUGCUGUGUGUGUUGGAGUGCUGUUGCUGUUAGGAGGUCUGUUGUUUCGGCGUCUAAAAACAGCAGCAGGGGGGGAGCAGGACACAAAACAGAAGUGCCGCCAUCUGGCGGCCCAACAAGGGAAACACAGACAGGAAAACAGGACCAUGACACAGAUAGUACAGUGUUCCUCCACAUCACCAGCUGAAGGGAAAGGUGCAGCUGAUCCAGUCUACAGUAACAUCACAGAUCUGCAGCAGGGUCAAGUGGAUGGGAAUGGUGAUUCCAGUGCAGCUUCCGCAGUCUACAGUAAUGUCGCAGCUACAGAAAGAUCAAGGAACAAGAAGAAAAUGAUAAAGUGAUCUAUGCAAGCGUCUGCAAAAUGUAAUAUGGAUAACUAUUCAAUGAUUCUAAUGGAAAAAUGAAACAAAAAAAUCAACAUAUAAAUGUGGACAUUUCAAGUCUGUUCAGUGCAACUUCAUUAGAGAAGGAAGAAGACAAUUUUUUUCAGAGACCUGUUAUUAUGUAAAUAUGCCACUGUUUCUUCUGCAUUCUUUCUUGUUAAAGGAAGCUUUUACAAGUAUCUGAUAAUUUUUAUAUUUUGACUGUGAAGAACUCAGUGGUAUCAUGGAAAAUAUAUGCGUUUUUUCUGUACUUUUCUUUUUGCAGGUUUUUUAUUUUUCUGUGUUUAAAAAAAUUUCUAUUCCGAUUUGUUGACUAUUUAAUGUAUGAACAGCAGGGAGUGAUAUUGUUCAAGAAAUAAGCAACAUAUUUAUGUAGCAGUGUCUGGCUAUUGUGGUGUGCUCUUCAGUGUUCUCUUCUCUGCUGUUCAGAAGAAUACUUUUUAUUUUAAAUAAUAAAGCAGCUGUGAAAGGAAUUACAUUAUUCAUUAUUAUAACACAAAAUAAAACACAGUUAGUGAUUGUG